GGCACCAUCAGCUCAGCAGCGGCCGGUAAGCCCUGGUCCGCGGUCCGGGGCAUGGUUGCCAUGGCGGCGGUUGCCCCGGCGACGAGGUGGCGGCUGCUAUUGCUGCUGUUGAGCUCCGUGGGGCUGGGGGCUGUGGGCGCCCCACAGUCCCCCAACAUCGUGCUCCUGCUCAUGGACGACAUGGGGUGGGGCGACCUGGGGGUAUAUGGAGAACCUUCCAGAGAGACGCCAAAUUUGGACCGGAUGGCUGCAGAAGGAACACUUUUCCCAAACUUCUAUUCUGCCAACCCUCUGUGCUCACCAUCCAGGGCAGCACUGCUCACAGGACGGCUGCCCAUCCGAAACGGCUUCUACACCACCAACGCCCAUGCCAGAAACGCAUACACGCCACAGGAGAUCGUGGGUGGCAUCCCGAGGUCGGAACACCUCCUGCCUGAGCUGCUGAAGGAGGCCGGCUACAUCAGCAAGAUUGUGGGCAAGUGGCAUCUGGGUCACAGGCCCCAGUUCCACCCCUUGAAGCAUGGAUUUGACGAGUGGUUUGGAUCCCCCAACUGCCAUUUUGGACCUUAUGACAACAGGGCCAGGCCCAACAUCCCUGUGUACAGGGACUGGGAGAUGGUCGGCAGAUUUUAUGAAGAAUUUCCGAUUAAUCUGAAGACUGGAGAAUCCAAUCUUACCCAGAUCUACUUACAGGAAGCCUUGGACUUUAUUAAGAGGCAGCAGGCACAGCAACACCCCUUCUUCCUCUACUGGGCCAUUGAUGCCACACAUGCACCUGUUUAUGCUUCUAAGGCUUUCCUGGGUACCAGUCAGCGUGGGAGGUAUGGGGAUGCCGUCCGGGAGAUUGACGAUAGUGUUGGGAAAAUACUGGACCUUCUGCGGGGCCUAAGCAUCGGGGAGAACACAUUUGUAUUCUUCACGUCCGAUAACGGAGCUGCCCUCAUUUCCGCUCCCAGACAAGGUGGCAGCAAUGGUCCCUUUCUGUGUGGGAAGCAGACCACAUUUGAAGGUGGGAUGAGGGAGCCUGCAAUCGCAUGGUGGCCAGGACACAUCCCUGCAGCCCAGGUGAGCCAUCAGCUGGGCAGCAUCAUGGACCUCUUCACCACCAGCCUGUCCCUUGCAGGCCUAGAACCACCCAGCGACAGGACCAUCGAUGGCCUGGACCUCCUCCCCACCCUGCUACAGGGCCGGCUGGUGGACAGGCCAAUAUUCUAUUACCGUGGCAACACACUGAUGGCCGUCACUCUGGGCCAGUACAAGGCUCACUUCUGGACUUGGACCAACUCAUGGGAGGAGUUCAGACAGGGCGUGGACUUCUGUCCUGGGCAGAACGUCUCUGGAGUCACAACACACACCCAAGAGGAACACACGCAGCUGCCCCUCAUUUUCCACCUGGGUCGAGACCCGGGGGAGAGGUACCCGCUCAGCUUUGCCAGUGCUGAGUACCUGGACGCCCUCGGCAGAGUCACCCCAGUCGUCCGGCAGCACCAGGAGGCAUUGGUCCCUGGGCAGCCCCAGCUCAAUGUGUGUAAUCAGGCAGUCAUGAACUGGGCACCCCCAGGCUGUGACAAGUUGGGGAAAUGUCUGACACCACCAGAGUCUGUCCCGGAGAAGUGCUCCUGGCCCCACUAACAGCUCCCUGGACCCAGGAGUAGGAAGGGCCUCCAAGAUGGCAGAGUUCUAAGGGCCCGUGUCCCUGCCCCUGCCCAGCCUUCACCCCCAAGGCUUGGGGUCUGCAGUCUCAGGUCUCCUCCACUGAACUUGCCAAGAGUCCAGCACUACACCAGGGCCUGGAGGGUGGGAUCCAUAUCCUAAUGCAGAAGGUUAUGAGGCAGGGUCUGACAGGAGGCUGCGGAGGCAGAGAAGGGUAUCCAACUGGAGCCCGGCCAGCUGUUUGCAGUACCCAAGGUUGGGGCCACUUCAGUCACUUCAGUCGCUGCUCCAUGGGGACAUGAGGAGGCAGGUUGCCCAUUUCCACCUUUCAUGAGAGUCUGAGCUCAGCCCCUGGCUCUUCCAGCCCUGACCCAGCACUACCUGCCAGGGUACCUCAUGCCAAGGCUUAACUGCAGGGCUGGGAAACGGAAAAAACAGCCUCAGAAUAAAGGAGUGUGAGGCA